CAUAAUUUACAGAACUUCAGACAAUUGCUAGACGUGUUCCAGUGCUAAGCUUGCUAGGAUGCUCCAAAGUCAAUUGAUGAACUGAGUAUUUUUGGUAUACGUACAUGCUGGUGAUAAAUAUUGACUUGCGAAACUAGAAUAAUGUAAAACUAUAGAACAAUCCGUGCAUUAACAGAGCUGUAAGACUGCUGUUGAACAACAAUGGCGACAUAUCUAUAUGGCUUUGAAGAAGAUAGAUUUCAACAAGCCGUCAGCCAGUACUUGAAAUGUGUUAUCUGUAGAAACGUUCUUAGAGAUCCAGUGACGUGCCGUGACCAUCAACAUUUAUUCUGUCGAGCUUGUAUCACCACACAUUUGGCGAACUUCGAGAGAUGUCCAUCUUGUAAUGAAGAACUAAAUGUCGAAACGUUGAGCGACGCCCCGAGAGUCGUUACGAACGUCCUGUCUGAGCUCAAGAUUCGCUGCGACUUCUACAAGCGAGGUUGUAUAAAGUUCGUAGAAUUAGGAGACCUGGAGAAGCAUUGCAAAGAAUGCGAGUUUGGUCCAGCAAUCUGUUCGAACCAAGGCUGUUAUCUUGAUGUAAACAGACGAGAUUUAAUGUACCAUGAGCGGGCAGUAUGUGAACGACGAAGAGUAGAAUGUCAUAACUGUGUUGAGCUAAGACAAGAGAUGAGUACAAUGAAGCGAACGUUGACAGAGAUGAACGAGAAACUAGACAUGGCAGCAGGCAAUGAAGAAAUGAAAUGUGAUUUAAAAGAAAUGGCAAAACAACUGGAGAGAAUAUCGAUGCAGUUACAGCAUGGUGGUGGAAUGAACACAAAGUCAAAAGUGAUUGUUGCUGGAGGAUGCAAUGACAAUGAGGAAGUAGUAGAUUUCGUAGAAAUGUUCGAUCUAUCUAAACAAGCAUGGACUCUACUGCAACCAAUGAACAGAUGUCGUUCUACUGCAUCAGCGGUUGUUUAUAACAAUCAAAUGAUAGUUUCUGGUGGUUUUGACAAUGAAGAUGAUGUAUUAAAUUCCUUAGAAGCACUUGAGAAUCUUGACGAAGUUAGUCCGUUGUCAACAUGGGAAGAUAUUCCUGCUGAACUGCCCCAGAAUUUGUUUGGUCACCAAAGUGUUGUAUUUAAUGAUAAUUUGCUUGUUGUUGGAGGAGGUGGAGAUGAUGAUCUCCGCUUUGACAAUAUCUCUGAAGUUUCUCUGGUCCCACCUUGCACCAGUAAAUUGUUGGCUUCAAUGACAAAGAAGACAGCUGCUCAUGGAAUGGAAUGUUUUGAUGAUAAACUUGUAAUUGUAGGUGGAGGAAACCCAGAAGAGUCACAUGCUUCCUCCCAUGCUGUAUAA